CAGGGCAUAGGAGCCAGGAAAAGAGCAGGGGCCAAUGUGUGAGAGAGGGGCCCGGAGGAUCUGCCUGUGCCUGGGCUGCCUCUUGCUGCUCCUGCCCCUGGGGCUGGCUUGGACCUACAGGGAGGAGGUGGAAAGUGACAGGGAAGUGUGUUCGGAGAGUAAGAUCACCACCACAAAGUACCCGUGCCUGAAGUCUACGGGAGAGCUGACGACAUGCUUUCGGAAGAGCUGCUGCAAAGGCUAUAAAUUUGUCCUUGGACAAUGCAUUCCUGAAGAUUAUGACGUGUGCUCGGAAGCGCCAUGUGAACAGCAGUGUACGGAUAACUUUGGUCGAGUCCUGUGCACUUGUUAUUCUGGCUAUCAGUAUGACCGUGAGAGGCAUAGGAACAGAGAGAAGCCGUAUUGCCUCGAUAUUGAUGAGUGUGCUCGGAAGAAUGAGACUGUGUGUUCUCACAUCUGUAUCAACACCCCAGGAAGCUAUAGGUGUGAGUGUCAUGAAGGCUACCUCCUGGAGGAGGAUGGGAGAACCUGCAUCAAGGGGAAUCAAGGUAUGAACACAGGGGAAUUCGAGAAAUCCAACAAUGUGUUGAAACCGGGAAUUUGUUCGGACACAUGCAAGGAAUUUCACCAAAUAAAACAGACCGUCUUACAGCUCAAGCAGAAGCUGGCGAUGUUACCAAACAGCGUGUCUGAAUCCAGCAAACAAAUCACAGCUGACAAGGUACUGGCUUCCACCAUGUAUGUUCAAGGACCACCGGGGUUACCAGGAGCACAAGGACCCCCAGGAUUACCGGGCCCUAAAGGAAGUGCCGGCCAACUCGGUGCCCCAGGGCCACCUGGUCCACCUGGCCCACGAGGAUUCAUGGGUCCAAUGGGACCAUCUCCUGAAAUUUCACAUGUCAAACAAGGAAGAAGAGGUCCUGUGGGUCCACCAGGAGCAUCGGGCAAAGAUGGAUUAAAGGGUGAAAGAGGAGCUCCAGGACCAAGAGGACUUCCGGGGCCACCAGGAUCCUUUGACUUCUUGUUACUCAUGAUGGCCGACAUACGGAAUGAUAUAGCGGAGCUGCAGGACAAAGUCUUUGGGCGCCGUACACAUUCCUCUGCAGAAGAAUUUCCUAUACCUCAGGAGUUUUCCAACCAUCACGACACAAUGGACUUUGGCUCAGGAGAGGACUACAAACAAAGAACUGUAUCCAAGAACCUCCGAACAGACAAAACAAACCACCAUUAACCAAUCAUGCGACAGGAUGAAAAUAAUUUUAUAAUGUCUCUCAAUGUAUAAAACAAUGCACUGAUAAUGUAAAGAGUAUCUAUUUUUGACUUUUGAAUUUAUUUGUUAUUAAUGUUAUUAUUAUUUGUAUUAUUAUUUUGCUUCUCAUUUGUACAGGAGCAUAUUUUAAAGGAUAGGUCCGCCAAGAACUGAUAUAUCAGUUUUAAGGGCAAACCGCUCUGUUGGAUCAUGAAGCGGCUUUCUUUAACUCU